CGGUCUCGCGUUUGAAGAGUUUGAAGUCUUUUCAGAAGCAACAGUAAACAAACGAAAAAUAAAACGCGUUUGAUCAUCCAGGACCUCGAAAAUCUUUGAAAAUUUGUGUAAUAGUGAAUAGGUAACUGAAAAUUACAAAAAGUUAAGUAUUGCGGUUUCGGUGAUGCUUUCGGUUCCACAGAGCAAGAUCUAGAUUGAAUAAUGGCGUCGAUCCAAGAGCGAUUGCAGCUCAAGCGUGUUCCUCUCGAUAAAUGGUCCACCAAGGAAAAACUAUGCCUGGCAUCGGCGGUGGCCUACAGUGGGGACCAAAACUGGAUGUCCGUAAGUCGAUCGCUCAAGAUGCUGUGCGGUGCUGGUCGUCCGGGAGAUUGGUUCUCGCAAAAAUCCUGCGCCGCUCAAUAUGGGAAGCUGCUGGAAAACGUCGAGACUCCGAAGCGCAAAAAGCGGACCGCUUCCGAGAGAGACGGAGUGGCUGCCGUUGAGACCCCAGGGGAAUCUAUCCUGCGUAAACUCACGCAGGAAAGAAUGAUCGAACUGAAGAAGAUAAUCCAGGAAGAGGCUCAGCAGUACACCAAAGUUAAGGAGGACAUUAUAUUGAUCCAAAGGGGAGUCACCGAUGAGCAAAAGUUGAGGGAAAUGUGGAAGCAAAUUCAAACGGAAAAAGCUCAGAAAGAAAAGGAACAAAUCAUGCACGCCCAAUGGCUGAAAGAACGAGAAGAGAAGAAGCUGGAACUAGAGCGCCAAUGGCGUCCUUUGUAUCCAGGUUCGCCAAAUUCCUCCAAAACGCCAGGCUCUGCUGUUAAAAUCAAAGAGGAAAUAGACGAAGAUAGUCAAAGUUCUUCUAAAUCCGGUACAUCUCCAUUACUGACUUCUUUGCUGAAAAGCCCCUCGACAAAUCCAGCCGGCAAUCAAGUCCUAUCCACGCCUGGGAAUAGCAAAUCCUCAACAUCUCCAACAAUUACAAACCUGCUCACAGGAAACUCACCGGUGUCGAUAAAUGUCCUUGCAAAAAACUUGUUCCCAGCAACAGAAGAUGAAUCAAAAUCAAAUCUCGAGGGAAACAAAACCAUUCCGCAGGAGGAAAGCCAAUCCGGCAUCCCAACAUCCAACGCAUAUCAAAUUGCUCCGAAUCUGACAAAGCUUUUGGACACUAAACAAAACGACAGUUCUUCAGCAAUUGUCACUCAAGAGCCACAAGAAUCGAACGAGAACACAACCAAGCAAGAAGAUAUGGACACAGAUGACAAUGUGGAUCCUGCCAAAGAUCUGAUGGCCGUCUUCCAGGAGCUGAUGCCGGAGGAACUUGAUGAAAUUCUCAACGAAAACAGCGGUAUGAUACUAGAAGAUGAGAUUCUGGACAACGUUGUCGAUUCGAUCAUGGAGGAAGAGGAGGACGAAGACGGUGCAUCAGUAAAGGGAAAGGAUUUGAAUGCUCUUGAGAGUGCAAAUCUCGCUAAUAGCAUUUCAAGCGACGACAAAAAUCCUGAGAGAAAAGGUUCAAAAAACUUGGAAUCUGCUCCUGAGGUUGCGAAGGGAGCUUAUUUAAAACCAGCAGCAGCGGCGCCAUCCCCUGAACGGCACAACCCUUUUGAAGAGAAUGUUGAUCUGGACAAAUUGGACAAUCCUGAGUAUGAUACGAGGGAUAAGUCUGGCGAUGAUAAAGACAGCAAGCUGGGAAUCGAAACCGAAGGAUCCCAAAUAUUAUUGAAUAAGGAUUCAAUAAAGGAGGAAACGAGAACAACAACCUCCAACGACCAAGAAAGUACAAAUGUUCCAGAAGAAGAUAGCUGCAGUAGCUCUUAUCCUACUGUCCCAUCUAGCGAUGAACAUAACAAACAAUCUGGGGAGAACGCAAGUUCUGGCCAAUCGACAAACGAGCAAAUAAUCAGCACUAUUAAAGCUGACACUGAUGAAGAUUUUCGUGAUAAAGAGCUUGUAUCAAGGGAUACUGCCUCAUUUGAAGUCGAUUCCUCUUCCAUCAAAACAGAAAUUAAACAAAAGGAAGGUAACUCUGAGCUGGAGUCUGAUGAAAUGAAAAUGGAUACUACGAAUGUAGACAGCAAACCUCAGCUAGAACCGAAACCUCUUAGCAGUGAGGAGGAAGCUGCCCGGGCUAAGAAAGAAGCGCUAGAAAAACUAGCAGCAGAAUACGAUUUUAAAGAUGAUGAGGAACCAAUUGUUCCACUGUCCAUUCAAAAAUCAAAAGAAGAAAAGCAUACUCCCGAGGAGGAUGUCUACAUGGAUGCACAAGAACAUCUUGACGAGGUCGAAAGCCCGAAAGAGGCCGAUCAGAAAAAGCAAGACGAUGCUGUUGUUACGAUUACCGAUACCGACGAUGAUUCAUUGAUUGAAAUGAAAAUCUCCAAAACCAAACGCGAUUAUUCAAGACGACGCACUGUAGACGAUCUGUUCAAGCCUAAAGAGGAUCCUUUGGCAACUCCAAAAAACGAAGAAAGUGAGGGAAGAUCAUUAAGAAAGCUACGAGAUCGUGAGCGCUCGGAAAGUCCAUUCGUUUCUCUAGAAGACGAUCCAAAUGACAAAAUGAAACGAAGUUAUUCAUCAACUCCAGUACUGGAUUCUAUUCCUAACUCACCGGCGUCAAGUGAAGAUAGAGAGUAUCGAGCAUGGAAAAAGGCAAUCCUUUCCAUACUAGCAAAAGUAUCUUCAUGCCGUCAAGCUGCAGCUUUCCUGAAACCAUUACCCGAUGAGCAAGUUUCAGAUAUCAUUUAUCGUCCGAUGGACCUUUCAGUCAUCAAGAAAAAUGUCGAGAAUGGAAUCAUCAGGUCGAGUUCUGAAUUCCAACGAGACGUUAUGUUGAUGUACACUAACGCGAUGGUUCUGAACAGACCGGACCUCUGCUGUUCAAAAGCAGCCAAUUUCCUGGUGACGGAAUGCAUCGCACUCAUGGAAUCUAUCCCAGAAACCAGCAGAAAUCAGCGCGAAAAAGAGCCGGAAGGACGUGCCAGUAGCGCGAGCAAACGUACUUCGAGAAAAGGCACCACUAGAAGUUCGUCCUCUGGGGUUCGUAAUUAGUUUUUUUUCUCUACACUUAAUAAUCAUUAAUAAUUAAACAUCAAUAAUAUGAGUAAUUA